CGUAAAAUACCUUAUCAAAAUAUAUUUGAAAAUAAUCAUAGGAAAAAUUCAGUUCAAAUAUUCGAGGGUGCCACCGGAGGAGUGAAAUAAAUAAAAUUCGUUCCAUUAGCUAUCCUCCUCUAAAAUCAUGAAACAUCCUAAUAAUCCUUAUGACAGGGCUGAUAGUUACAGGGUAGCCGUAGCUAUAAGGAACAAGCACGUUAGCAAAGCGGCCAAAAUGGAGGAAGGUAAGGAAAAUAUUGAUCAAUCUAUCCCAACCUCGAACAUUUUCGCCAGAUUCGUCUUUUGGAUCCUCAACAUAAACACAUACACCCACCCAGAGGAUCUGGAGUUGCUUAAAAAGGAUUUCGAAAUUGAUGAACACAGAUUGAAUCUCGAAGACUUUUACAUGAAAUUAGGGACAGAUCCUAAAAAGGGCUUUUCACAAACAAGGGCUUUGGAAAUGUUGGCUAAAAAUGGACCAAACAAUAUCCUGGCUACCAAAGAUUAUUCAGUGAUCAAGGGAGUCCCAAAUUGUGUCAAAUUCCUUCAAACCUCAAUGAAGAACACCCUUAAUGGCUAUGGCAUUAUUUUGUGGAUGACUACGAUCCUUUGUUUCCUCGUUUACGGACUUCAGAUUUACUUUUUCCUCAAGCUCUCAACACAAUACUUAUACAUAGCUAUCUUACUGAUAAUCUUGAAUUUGGUGAACGGAGCUGUGAUUGGAUAUCAAAAAAUUAGACUGUCGUCUAAAUUGACUGAAUCAUUCUCAAAGAUGGUACCCAAGAAAUGCACGGUUUUAAGAGGCGGCAGUAAAUGGGAGAUUCCAAGUGAAGAAAUAGUCGUUGGAGACAUAGUUGAAAUAAAAACUGGCAACUUGGUUCCAGCUGAUAUGAGGUUGAUCGAAACGAAGGACGUUUUAAAAGUUGAUCCUUACAACCUGUUUGGAAGGCACGAAUUACUUAUCAAGCACCACGCUUUUCAAUCCAGCGAUCCACUGGCUAGUCCUAACCUAAUAUUCGCAUCGACAAAGAUUAAGGAAGGUAUCGCCAAAGGGGUAGUGAUAUCAACCGGCGCAAACACUAUCAUAGGCAGAAUAAUCUCCUUAGCCGAGAACAUGAUUAAAAUAGAAGUGCCCCUUUCGGAGGAAUUGAGAGAUUUGGUAUGCCACCAAAUGCCUGUGAUUGUCAUUUUGUUAGCGAUCACGAGUAUUAUUGUGACGCUGAUUUUUACCGACUUUACUUGGUUAGAUGGUCUGAUAGCCACUCUAGCCUUAGUCAUUGCCUUCAUACCCGAAAGCUUUUACAUAACUCUCACGGGUGGUAUGAUAUUAGCAGAAAAACUCAAAUAUGGAACUACCCCAAGUAGCAAUAGUAGAUUGACCAAAAUACUUACAUCUAACUCCAAAAUUCCUUCUAAAGGUAGCUUUAAAAAUUUGGAAUCUAUUGAAACUAUGGGAGCCUUGACAACUUUACUGAUAGACGAUAGCAGUUUAUUUGUAGAUGAAUCUCACAAUAAAAUAUCACAUUUUUGGUAUGACGCUAAUACUUGGACAGGCGAAACAUCCUCGGAAUACGCCCAUUCCUCGCGGAUCGGAAUAGAAGAUAAAAGAACGAGAGUUCAUUCGAGAAACGAGACGUGGCACGUUUUAUCCAGGAUAGCUCUAUGCUGUAAUCCGUAUUCAUCAUCAAGUCCCAGGCAACAUAAGGACUUGUGUAUUGAAAGUCCGGCUGAUCUAGCUAUUCUGAAAUACAUGGAAAGUAUUCAGGGCAACGUGUCGAAGGUUAAAGAUAUUUACAAGAAAAUAGUCGAUGUGCCAACAAAGAAUCCCAAACAGAUGCAAAUGACUAUACACCUAUACGAAAACACGAAUCAUCACCAUAGCAACGAAAACAGCGCGAAUUGGAGAUAUUACGCUUUCAUUAAGGGCAACCCCUUAUUCGUAAUUCAACGGUGCUCCACCGUGUGCAUAGAUGGAAGAGAUACUGAAUUGACCGAUGGACUGAGGAAACUCUAUUACGAGGCCUACACCAAAAUGAUGGGUCUUAAUGAGGAGUAUGAAAAAAGUGGCAGUGAAGACAAAAUGGACGGCAAACACGUGAUAGCCUACGCCGAAGCUCGUUUAAGCCAUAAAAGUUUCCCACAAAAUUUUGAUUUUUUGAUGCAUUUUGGACAAGCUUCGUUGAAUAGUUUGCAAUACGAGAGCAGCGAUGGCCGAACACUUUGCAGCGAUAUCUCGAAAAAUGAUGACAGUGAGCGUGAACAAGAUGGCGGAUUUAAUAAUAACAGAGAAUCAUAUCUUUUUGACGAGAUGGAGUUUCGAUUAGUUGGUAUGAUCGGCCUCACCUCAUUAGCGAAGUGUCAUGUGAAUACAACUAAAGCAUUGGUGCAAAAGUGCAAGAACGCCGGAAUCAAGGUGGUCAUGUUGACAUCGCAAAACAAGGAUAUGGCUAAAGCGAUAGCUAAAAGAUACGGAAUAUUUGACGAAAAUUGUGAAACUAUAGAAGACAUCGCCGAAAAAAUGAAUGUCACGGCUGAUAAAAUAGAUCCGAGUGAGGCCAACUGUCACAUAAUAGAUUGUGACAGUCUGAGAAACAUGACGUUUAGCGAAAUCGACAAUACUAUCUCUUCUUUCCUCUACAAUUACUACAGCACAAACACUCUAAACACGUUAAACACUCAAAAUAGUAUGAACCAAAUGAUAGACGCCACUGGUAAUGGAACUAAUUUUCAAAUUUUGUUUUGCAAUAACGCAAAUAGCACGAGUAUAAGCGAGAGCCACGAUAAACUCAGGCUCAUAGAAUCCUUUCAGCGGCUUGGAGAUGUCAUAGCAGUGACGGGCAGGAAUACUCCUGAUUGCGUUGCCCUCAAACGAUGCGAUAUAGGAGUAGCAUUGGAUUCUGCCAAUGAAGUUGCCAAAGAAUCUGCCGAUAUUACCUUAAAUCAGGACAACUUUAGCGACAUAAUUGAUAUGAUAGAAGAAGGUCGGAUCUUUUAUGACAACCUGAAAAAGUCGGUGUCCUACAUGCUGAUUUCCAAUAUGAGCGAAAUGUUGCCAUUUCUCGUUUACAUAAUUCUCAAUAUUCCAAUGCCACUGGGAAUCGUAACCAUGCUUUGCAUCGAUUUGGGCACUGAUCUACUGCCAUCAAUAGCUCUAUUCAAUGAAAAGGCGGAGGGUAACGUUAUGAAGCGAAGACCACGCGAUAUAUAUUCCGACAAAUUGGCCAAUAUAAAAUUAUUUAAAAAGUCAUGUUUAUUUCUGGGAAUCGUACAAGCCUUCGCGGGAUUUCUGGUAUAUUUUAUCAUAAUGGCCGAAAAUGGCUUUAGGCCAAAAACCCUUUUAGGCAAUCGUCUUUAUUGGAAUUCUUUCGCUAUCAAUGAUUUAAUGGAUUCAUAUGGACAAGAAUGGACCUACCUAGAUCGCAAAAAUUUAGAGUAUGCCUGUUACAGCGGCUUCUUUUUAUCUAUAGUCAUAACCCAAGUGAUGAACGUCCUGAUUUGCCGCAACAGGAUAAAAUCUAUGUUCAAGCUCACAUCCAAAAAAAGAAAUAGGCUAUUGAACGCAGUCAUUUUAUUAGAAGUUAUUUUGGCCAUUUUCCUGAUAUAUACACCUGGAAUCAACUAUAUUUUAGGAUUUUAUCCCCUCAAAUUUUGGUGGUUGCUGCCGUCUAUUCCUUUCGCGUUAUUCAUAUUCUUGUUUGAUGAAUUCAGGAAAUUUUUGAUCCGGAGAGAUCCCAAUUGUUCAAUGGCUCAAGAAACAUUAUACUAA